AUGGAAGUGCGGCAACUGAUGGAAGAGUCUCAUCUGAGAUUCGGAAACAGCUGUGCAGCACGACUGUAUGUUAAGAGAGAAAAUGGAGGGCUUGGAGUAAAGUUAGUCGAGGAAGAGCUUGACUGUAGCAUCGCUUACACGUGGUGCUACGUAGCUUCCAGAACUGACUUGCUCGUCCCCUACCAGUUAGCAGAGAGCCUCCGGGCUAGCCACAAGAGAUCCCUAACUACGGACUUUCAGGCGGUGCUAGUCGCUAAUGGGCUCGUAGGAAGGGUUAGAAGAACUUCUUUGGCGACGAUAGUAGUGGAUGACCACACAUUUUUCAAUGCAACCGAAGCCGCGCGAGCUGUUUCAGCGCUGAUCCGUGCAAGAUGGGGCGAGUUCCAUCUGUCGACGUGGAGAAGCAAAGAGACGGCAGGUCGUGUGCUUAGGACGCAAAGAACAGAAGCAGAGGACCUAACCGAACUGUGCUACAAGGACUCGUUCCUGUGGUCGGCGAGGGGAUGGCUCUCAGCAGAAGUCCUUAGAAAUGUGUGGGCUGUUCAAGAAGGUGCUCUACUCACCCGAGCCAGUGCAGCAGGCAGGGCAUGUAUGCCCCAUGCUAGAGGGGUCUGCCGAAUGCAGUGUGCUCCCGGUGCCCAAGAAACAGCCGAGCACAUCGUGUCAGUAUGCAACCACUGGCGCUCAACCAUCAUGGUUGAGAGACAUGACGAUGUUGCUCGCGUUCUAUACAGCUCGAUUCGGCGAAAGUACAAGGUAGCAAAUAAUGUGAACACACAUGUUCCGCAUGUGCUAGACAUGCCUCAUGUUGUGAUUUACUGGAACAGCCCAAUCUGGACAAGUGCAUGUCUGGCUCAUAACCGACCGGACAUCCUAGUCUGGGAUAAAGCUGUUAACAGAAUUUGGAUCAUAGAAGUCUCGGUUUCGUGGUAUAAUCGUAUUCUCCGUCAGGAAAAAAGA